AUGUUUUACGCUAAGCGUUUUACGUUAAUGACACGUCGAAUUACUCGAUCGACAACAACACCACGAACGACUACUACCAGAUCUCGAAUUUUUUUGCAACAACAACAACAACGGCAACAACAACGUCAAAGACAGAAGCAACGAGAACGGAAUAUUGGGCAGUCAUCUCGACCUUUGUGGAUAAUUACUAGACCAACAAUUAGCAAUCAUUAA